GUGCUCUGCCACUCUCAAUUUUUUAUUUUAUUCAUUAUUGUCACUUACUUAUUGUAUAUGGUACCUCUCUUUUUUGAUUCCUUAUUGUCACUUUCUUAUUGUAUAUGGUACCCACAUCCACAUGUAAUCUCCAUGUAAAGUGGCAUAUAUUAUGUUAGACACACACACACACUACAACAAAUAUGGAUUAAUAACUCAACUUAGUUAUAACGAUUCAGUCUUCCGUUUAUUAUGAUGUUUUAGUUGAUAAACGGUUCGGUCUACCUUUUAUUAUAAUGUUUUAGUUAAUUAAAUAACAUAUAAACGCCGACCUUAUUGCUAGCCAGCUUUCCAAGGCACAAAGGGCCAAUGACAAACCAGCACCUGGCUCCAUAAAUAUUAUUGAGCAGUAAUAAUUAUAAUAAUAAAUAUAAAUAAUAUUAAAAGAGUGUUGAAAGGACACGUGUCAAGUACCCAUUAAAGUUUUGCAAUGCUUAGAUCUUGAAAUUCUUAUCUAUAAAUGUGAUAACCAAAGUCCCUUUUCCUCAUCCAUCUUUCCGCUUUGAUAUUCACUUUUGUUUAGCAAUGGAAACAACUUCUUUACUUUCCUCAGUACUUCCUAUUCAGCCAAUUCCCUUUAGCAAAUCAGAAUGUAAGAGUGUGAGAUUCUUGCAUGGUAAAAGAUCAAGUGCAGCCAUGGUUUUUGCUGCUAGAAGAGACUCGUACGAGCCUGCAGAUUAUAAUGGAGGAUGCUUGGUAGAUGAAAGUAUGAUCAUUUUGAGGAAACGCAUACAUGAGAUGAAGAUGAUUGAAAGGAACUAUGAACCUCCAGAGGAUUGGAUGGAGUGGGAGAAGCAGUAUUACACAUGUUAUGAUGAAUAUAUUUGUACACUAGUGGGAUUAUUGCAAUCACAUUUGAUGAACACAAGGCCUAGCUUGGCUCUUGGGAUGCUUGCACUGAUCACGAUGAGUGUUCCGGUGUCGACAGUCAUGGUUGUGCAUCAUUUCAUGGAGGUGGCCAAUGGUGUCUUCUCUGCCAUUCAUCUUGGUUGAUAUGGUUUGAUUUCGUGAAUGUAAAUUAUGUAAUUUUAUAGAGUUUUGUAUAUAGUUCAUUUUCAUCUUUUCCCAAACUUUUUACCGGGAAAUGAUAAGAUUCUUUGUAUUAACUGUGUUGUUUGAAGAUCUUUUAAUUUAAUCAAAUUCAAGGUUAUAUGGCAAAUUGCAG